AGCCAAUAGUAAGUUUCUAUAUCAAGACAUAGGAAAGGUACAAUAAAAAAUGCAGAAUCAAUCUUUUUUUUUUUUUAAACAGUUUCACUAUGUCGUCCUUUGUAGAGGUCUGUGGCAUCACAGUUCAUAGCAACCUCAAACUCUUGGGCUUAAGUGAUUCUCUUGCCUCAGCCUCCAAAGUUGCUAGGACUACAGGUGCCUGCCACAACGCCGGGCUAUUUUUUUGUUGCGGUUGUCAUUGUUCAGCAGCGCUGGGUUUGAACCCGCCAGCCCUGUUGUAUGUGGCUGGCACCCUAACCACUGAGCAACGAGCGCCAAGCCUCAAUCUUUUUUUUUUUUUUUUUUUUGAGACAGAGUCUUACUCUGUUUCCCUGGCUAGAGUACCAUGGCAUCAGCCCAGCUCAUAGCAACCUUAUACUCCUAAACUGAAGAGGUCUCUGGCCUCAGCCUCCCGAGUAGCUGGGACUCUAGGCACCACCACACCUGGCCCAGGAUUAUCUAUACAGGACCACUUUUGUAUGUCUGAGCGUACUUCUGGGUCACCAGCUUCUCUCUGUAGGAGAGUAUACCGUAUUUUGUUUUUUCUGAGACAGUCUGUCUUUAUCACCCUCAGUAGAGUGCUGUGGUGUCACAGCUCACAGCAACUUCAAACUCUUGGGCUUAAGUGAUCCUCUUGCCUCAGCCUCCUGAGUAGCUGGAACUAUAGGCGCCCGCCAUAACGCCUGGCUAAUUUUUUAGAGACGGGGUUUUGCUCUUGCUGAGGCUGAUCUUAAAUUCUGAGCCCAAGCGAUCUACCCACCUUGGCCUCCCAGAGUGCUGGGAUUACAGGUAUGAGCCACUGUGCCCGGCCUAUCUUAACUUUUCUUAAACUGGAACUUUUUUAGCCUAGGCUACUGGUGGGUCAUGUCCUCACGUUGCUCUUAUUCUGACUUUCUCUCUCUUGCCUGCCUGUCAGGGCUGGUGCUCACACCUGUAGCACAGCAGGUGGCAGAGAUCAAUCUUGGGACCAUGGCCUCCCCCAGUGAAAGAACCUUCAGCCCAGGAGUGGUGAGGCUGGGCCAGUGGUGGGACCCCAGGAAGUCCCACAUCUCAGGACCUGUUGGGGCAAGACCCUUGCAUAUGGGGUGCAGCUAUGGUGAGACAGGUUAGGACCCUGCAGAGGUAGGACUUGCCAGUGAGGCAGGCCCCAGCCUUGCCCACCCCCUUCAGCAGGAACCUGCACUGCCCUCUGCCCACCAGGCACCCCAACCUGCUCCUUGACAGAGCAGAUUCUCCCUGGGGUUGGCAACUUAACCCAGACCUAUAGCAGCCCUGGAUGCACUGGGACAGGUGGCUGCUGCGCUCCAGGGUCAGGUUAAUUCAUGUGAUUGGACAGGAGGUGGGGACAGGGAGGAGGCAGGACUAUUGCGUGGCCUCUCUUCUUCCCUCUCCUCCUGCCUCCUCCCUCCUCUGCUUGGAGGAGCCAACUUCAAAAGCCGCCUGCUGGAUUGCCUGGAUUGUUGGGCCUGGUGUAGCAGCACUUCCCAUCUGAGGACCCCAGGACCAUGUGCGUGACCCACUGGCGGGAGUAAGGGAGGGCGAGACCCUGAGAGGCCUAUGGUGUGCACCAAGCCUGCGCUCUGGGCGCUGCUGCUGGUCCUGCUGCUGGCGCUGCUGGGGACCGCGCCAGGCAGGACUCGGCUUCAUGCCUGCAGCGUCCCUGACGUGCUCCGCCACUACCAAGCUAUCAUCUUCGAGGACCUGCAGGCGGCCAUGAGGCGGGUCAGGCCUGAGGCCAAAGGGACCUCGCCAGGCUCUAGACACUUGCAUUUCAUUCAGAAAAACCUGACCCUGAACGAAGCUGGGGGCUUAGGGCGGCGGGGACGACCUAGGGCCUCCUGUGGCGCCCAGAAGGAGCACACUAUUUUACUGUCCAUCACGUCCCUGGGUCGGACCCUGCGUGGGGCAAUAGGCGGGCGCCGCCGCGGGGCGCUGGAGAAAGCGGCGUGGACCGUGGCUGUGCGCACCGAAGCGGUGAUGCGGCGCCACUGCAGGACGCUGCACCAGCGGAUCCCGCGGCCCGAGACACGCCCUACGCAGCGUCGUGGCGGCCAAAGGCAGCUCCUGCUGCGCGCCCUGGAUACCGUCGCCACCUGCUGGGAGAAGCUUUAUGCGCUGCGUGCUGGGGCCACCGGGGCCCGGUAGCACGGCCAUCCUGCACCCUGCGUGGACCUAGCAGAGCUGCAGCAGAGCGUGGAAAUGAGCCUCACCUGGAUG